UCGAGGUAGAGGAUAUACAAUCCCUAGUCAUGGAACUGAAAAUUUUCUUUUCAGUAGUUUUGUUAUGCUUAUUUUCAAGGAAUAUAUCGGCUUUGCGUGAAUUGUACAUGGAGCAGUUGUGUAACCAGCAGAUAAACUUUUUAGCUUUGAAUGAAGAUGCUAUUCUAUUGAGAGUUAGUCCACAGGCUUACAGGAGAAAUCUAGACUGUAUUGUUGCCAUAGAACCACAUCCUAAUAAACAACUUUCUGUAAAACUUCAAAAUUUGGAUAUAGAUGCCCUACCCUCGGGACAGUGUACCGAUGAUUAUUUAACAUUAUACGAUGGGAGAACACAGGCAGCACAGUUCUUGGCAGGAGCACCCAAUCAAAUAUGUGGGAACAGAAAUGUAAGAACUAUACCACUAGCAGAUUCUUACACAACCCAAAGAGGGUAUCUCACAGCCAGAUUUCGAUCGGGACCAACAAACUCUAUCCACAGAGGAUUUGACAUGAUCGUUUCAGCUUUUCAUUUAGCACCGUGCAAAAAAAAUGAAUACAAGUGUUACAACCAGAGAUGUAUCCCAGAAAACCUUCGUUGUUCCGGCUUUGAUCACUGCGGAGACAGGACGCCAGUUUGUUUAUUGACAAAUGAAGCUAAGGCAGCCGUGGGAGUGACAGCAAUCUUAAUACUCAUAGCAAUUAUCGUAAUUGUCGCAGUUUGUGUCUGGAGAAAAAAGCGUCAAACAACGUUUAAUGAUAGGGUGAAACAGCAGAAACAGAGAAGCCAUUUUGAACAUUCUGUCGCUGGGGAAUCAUUCAAAGUAAAAAUGAAUGGCCAAGUGCAUUAACAAAAACAAUCUUAUACGAAAUAAAUCAUGUCUAUUUUUUUUAUUAUUUGUGAUAUUGUAAAUAUAUGGUUGUAUAUAUGAAUCUAAGAAAAUGCUACAAUUUUGAACGGCAGUAUGAGUGAAGAUUAUAAUACACUGUACCAUCACGUAAUGUCCUUUCCAAUUUGGCUUAUUUUGUCUUUCAGGCUUAGAAGGUGGGAACCUUAGACGAAAAGAUACAACUCAGGGGAAUGUUUAAAAAGGAUGCCAUGCAAUAGCAUGUAUAGAUCUCAAAAACUAAAAUACAAAAUAAGAUAAGGUUGAAAAAAAGGAAUUAAAUAUUGCUAUACAUGUUGCAGCAUUUUCUGAAUAUAUGUAAAAUAUUGUAUAUGUACCAAAGUGUUUAUAUUUUAUUUGUGUUCAUACAUCAUGUAUAAUUUUGUCUGUAAAAUUGUGAUGUUCAUGAAUUUACUUCGAAAGUUUGUAUAGUUUGUAAGUUUGUAUGAAAGUGUGCGAAAACAGAAAAAUACUAAUUAAAAUAUUAAAAAAUGAA